UCCUCCAUCAGUUGCCUGCUUCUUUGAACUGAGUUCUCCUCAGCUUUUGAUCUCUCCAGCACUAUGAAGAUCUUCCUGAGUACUUGUCUCUUCUUGGCCAUCCUUUCUGAAGUGAUAGCUAAGCAAUGUAGAGUAAAGAAACUAAAUGAAAGUAAAUCAAAAACAACUUGUUGGACUACCAAAGGUGGCAAUUGCUUUAGUCGUUUUGUCGUCAAGAAUUUCACUAAUUCUCUAGACAUAAAAGUGGAAUUGGGAUGUACUACAGAUUGCACCACAGACAACUACAGUUUCACCACAAGAGAAGGUGAUUAUGUACAGAAUUUCAGGAAGUGCUGUCAUGAAAUACGAUGCGUACAAGAGUUUGUGCAACGGCCAGGACGUAAGUUAAAUGGGCAAGAGUGUCCAACCUGUAUUCCUUCUCUCUCAGAAGCCUGUAAGGGCUCAGAGACCAUCAAGUGUUAUGAUGAUGAGACUCAGUGCAUGGAGUUUGUUGUUGCUUACGAUGACAGUGCAAUUCCUAACAAGCAUUUCCACGGCUGUGCAUCACCAAAAUUUUGUGGAUUGGCCAAGAAUUCAACGCAUAUUGAUUUCCUUUCAGGCACUAUAAUCCGAGCCCGAUGCUGUGCAGCUCUGCCUUCUUCAGAGCAGCUCAACUUUGAAGGGUAG